AAAAAGAAAAAAUUAUUGUUCGAGAAAUGUAAAGUACAAAUCUCUGGUCAUAACACUCUUCUUCAAUUGUUGAUGAUGAUGAUGAUGGAGCUCUAAUGGAGGACAAGAAAGCAAAUAUAAUAGCUCUUACAGUCGUGCUUACACUCGUCGUCUUCAUCAUCGUCUCUCGAGUCAUACUCAAGCUCUCCAAGGGUUUCUUUCUCAUCACCGGGGCGGGCAGUGCAGUGAUCCUUGCAGUCUUCGUUUGUCUUUUCAUCAGAAGACGAUACAACAGGAGGAGAAAGAUUUUGGAGUCGAAGCUCGUUUCUGAAGGCAGAGAGCUUCGGAUCGAAUACAGUUUUCUUCGUAAAGUUGCUGGACUCCCGACGAAAUUCAGAUUCAAGGAGCUUGAAGAAGCAACGAACAAUUUCCAGUUAUUGUUAGGGCAAGGAGCGUCUGCUUCUGUCUUCGAAGGAACCCUAAAUGACGGAACUUCUGUAGCCGUGAAGAGAAUCGAGGGAGAGGAGCACGGGGAGAAGGAAUUCAGAUCGGAGGUCGCCGCCAUUGCUAGCGUCCAACAUGUAAACCUAGUGCGUCUUAUUGGUUACUGUAAUUCUGCUCCCGGCAGUGCUCGAUUUCUUGUUUAUGAUUUUAUCUCAAAUGGAUCACUGGAUUGUUGGAUAUUCCCGAUACGAGCCGCUGGAAAUCGGCAUCGCGGAGGUUGCUUGUCGUGGGAUUUGAGGUACAAAGUCGCCAUUGACGUGGCCAAAGCACUCGCGUACCUUCACCAUGAUUGCCGAUCGAGGAUCCUCCACCUCGAUGUGAAGCCGGAAAACAUACUAAUCGACGAGAAUUACAGAGCAAUCGUCUCCGACUUCGGGCUGUCGAAGCUGAUGGGGAAAGACGAGAGCAGAGUCGUCACAACAAUCAGAGGAACGAGAGGGUACUUAGCACCAGAAUGGUUAUUAGAAAACGGAAUCUCUGAGAAAUGCGACGUUUACAGCUACGGCAUGGUUCUUCUAGAGAUGAUUGGUGGUCGGAGAACCGUACUAGAAGAGAACAAAUGA